CCGAGCAGCCUCCUCAAGAGCCCAGCAGUGAGAAUUCAGACAGCAGCAGUCAGUCAGUCUCCCCAGUUCCUGUUUCCGCCACGAUUCGCGAAGCAUCCCUUUCGUUAAAACAUACGCGCUGUGGAGAUACUAGUACGCCAGUGCCAAAUCAAGGGGGAGGGAAUCGUCCUCGCAUGUCCCAGCUUAGCUUUUUAUAGGACACGCAGUCUGGACCAGAAUCCCUUGCAGAGUCCCUAGAGGAAUAAGAACUCAUCAGAGCCAUUGGUUCCCUGAAGUGUAGUCUCAUAAGCGAAGUCUCAAGGGAUCUCAAAACCCUCCGCCCCUUCUCUGCGAGAGGCCGCUGCCAUGAUAUAACCUCCAAGUCUCUAAGUGCACACGCAAGCGAGACCCAGCGACCCCUGACGCCCCUCUUCCGCUCUAGAGGAGCCCUGAUGUGGUGCGCUGCCGCUGAGCUGAGUAUGUCUCAAAUUCCCGUGUUGUGAAAGGAGAGUGUGUGCUGGGCAGCACUAGGCGCCAUGCGUCCGUGGACGGGCUCGUGGCGCUGGAUUAUGCUGGUGCUGCUGGCCUGGGGCACGCUGCUUUUCUACAUCGGGGGUCACCUCGUGAGGGAAAGCGAGCAUCCGGAACGGUCCAGCAGAGAGCUCUCCAAGAUCCUGGCCAAGCUGGAAAGGCUGAAACAGCAGAAUGAAGAUCUGAGACGCAUGGCAGAGACUCUCAGGUUACCUGACGGACAGGCCGAUGGUGGUCCCGGAGCCGUGGGUAAACUACGCAACCUUGAAGAGCAACUGAUAAGAGCUAAGGAGAAAAUCAACUCUUACCGCAGCCUCCCUGCUGAUGGCCCAGGAAAGGACCAGGAGGAGCUAAGGAGGAAGGUGGAGAACGGCGUGAGGGAACUGUGGUAUUUCGUACGCAGUGAGUUGAAGAAACUAGCACUGGUGGAGACUGGAGCGUUACAGAAACAUGUGGACACACUCCUGCAGGACCUUGGACACCAGCAGAGGUAA